AUGGCUAUGACCUCUACCAACACUAGCCUUGAUGGCUUCCACUCCGGAAUUGCCAUUGAGCUUCCACAAGUAAACAGAACCUCCUCAACACAGGACCACUCGACACCGACCCGGAGCGCCGGCACAGCGUCAGGUCCAAGCCUCCAAGUCGACUCCUCAUCCAACACCGCCCACGACACCAGCACCGCGCCCACCCCAAGCCUGCUCGAACCCUCGCGCACCAACGAUGCCACCAGCGAAACGGGCAUCGCCCAACCCUACCCCGACGUCGGCACCAUCAAGUCCCUCCGCGGCGCCCUCAUCCUCGCCAUCACCUGCGGCUCGCAACUAAUGGACGACAUGUUCAUCACGUCCGGCAACAUGGCGCUGCCCUCCGUGCAAACCGCCUUCACCGUGCCGACGGCCAGCCUGCAAUGGCUCGUCUCCGCCUACGUCCUGACCUUCGGCGGCUUCUUACUACUCAGCGGCGUCCUCGCGGACCGGCACGGGCGCAAGCGCGUCUUCUGCGCCGGCAUGGCGAACCUGACCGUGUGGACGCUGGCGAACGGCUUCGCGGGGUCGUUCGUGCAGCUGGCCGUGUUUCGCGCGCUGCAGGGGAUUGGAGCCGCGAUGACGAUUCCGAGCGCGAUCGGGAUUAUUAGUAAUUAUUUUGUUGCGCAGGAGAGGUUGUUGGCGCUGACGGUGUUCUCGGCGAUGGGGUCGCUGGGGUUUUGUUUGGGGUUGGUGUUGGGGGGCGUGCUGACGUCGUCGCUUGGGUGGCGGUAUGUGUUUUACCUGCCGGCGUCGAUUACGGGCACGCUGUGCGUGUUGGGCGUGAUGGUGCUGCCGGCGGAUAAGAAUGAGGAGGGCGGCUCGACGCGGCCGAAGUUGGAUUUCGUGGGCGCGGUACUGUCGACGGCGGCGCUGAUCUUGCUGAGCUUUGUGCUGUCGAGUGCGGGGUUGCUCGGGUGGGGCAAGGCGUUUAUGAUCGUGCUGCUCAUUUUGAGCGUUGCCAUGAUCUGCGGCUUCACGUGGCUGGAGAGUAAGGUGGAGAAUCCCAUCAUGCCGCUGUCGUUGUGGAAGCUGCGAAAUUUCGCGCCUACCUGGAUCAGUGCAUUUUUGAUGUUUGGCGGCUACCAAUCAACUCUCUAUUAUAUGACCCUUCUAGCUCAGGAUGUCAACCACCUAAGUGCGGGCGAGACGUCUGUGCGCUUGCUUCCGAUGGGGGUGAUAUCCUUCCUCGUGUGCUUACUAAUGUGGUGGAUGCUCGAGGUUUACGACUCCAAGUAUUUGCUUCUCGGUGGCAUGGUAAUCUGCACCAUCGCCCCCAUUCCCUCCGCAAUCAUGCAGACUGGCCAUACAAACUUUUGGGAACACGUCUUUUCGUCGGCUGUUAUGACAAGUGUGGGGUUCACGAUUCUCUUUUGCACCAUCACGGUUGCACUGCUCGCUUCGGUCCCAGCAAACAUCAAGAGCUUGUGUGGAGGAAUGAUCCAGAGCGCGUUCCAGAUCGGCGGUGGGGUAGGGCUGGCCAUUACCAGUGCGAUUGUGCAGUCGACCGAGACGAAAAAGGGUCAUGGCUUGUUGGAACAAUACCGCACCGGUAUGUGGUGUUGCGUUGCUCUUUCGGGUGUUGGCCUGGUUGUGACGCUUUUUGGAGUUCGGACCGCUCAGCCGAGCGGACUCCACAUUGCCCAGACUCAUUAA